AUGGAUAGCUCCCAGGCGCCGCUGAUUUCGAGCAACCGCCACGAUGACGAUGCGCCAUACGAUGCCGUUGACGACGAGCCUGGAUCGAGAGCUUCCCCAGCGAAGGCGAUCGACGGCCAUCCUGGCCUGUUUGUUCUAAUUUUGACCUUUGCUGCCGGCAUAAGUGGACUCUUGUUUGGAUACGAUACCGGUGUCAUAUCUGCCACGCUCGUGUCGAUCGGAAAAGCGCUGUCGGACCGAGAUCUUACUUCGAUGGACAAGUCGAUCAUCACGUCGUCAACCUCUUUGUUUGCGCUUCUCAUAUCACCGUUCUCGUCCAUCAUUGCCGACCGGCUAGGCCGCAAACGAGUCAUUCUAUACGCCGAUAUUCUAUUCAUCGUCGGGGCAGUUCUACAGGCCGUCAGCUCUACCGUGCCGGUCAUGGUAGCCGGCCGCUGCAUUAUUGGCGCCGCGGUGGGAGCGGCAAGCUUCGUGGUGCCUCUAUACAUCGCCGAGAUUGCGCCCUCGUCAUACAGAGGCCGUCUUGUGACUAUCAAUGUGCUCUUCAUUACGCUUGGGCAGAUGGCGGCGUACAUCAUUGGCUGGGCGCUGUCUACAUAUGCGUCGAAAGAGACUGGGUGGCGGUGGAUGGUGGGAUUGGGGGCGCUGCCGGCGGGUUUGCAGGGUGCUCUUGUCGCCUUCAUGCCAGAGACACCGCGCUGGCUGGUAAAGGCUGGGCGAUCUGACGAUGCCAAACGUGUUAUUCAAAAGGUCAAUGGUGUACAAGGACGAUUUGAUGGCACUGCAGAUGCUAUUAUCAAGGAGAUUGAGAUUGAAGUCCGCGAAGAGGAAGAGGCACGACAUCUUCAAGACCGCCAGGCAUCGGGCCCAUGGAAGGGGCUCGGUGCGUGGCACGAGCUCUUGGGCGAGGGCAAACAUCGCCGCGCACUAGCUAUUGCGUGUCUCCUGCAGGGGCUGCAGCAGCUCUGUGGUUUUAACUCGCUGAUGUAUUUCUCGGCCACCAUAUUCUCCAUCAUGGGGUUUGAGAGUCCUACGCUGACAUCUCUCAUCGUUGCGAUUACUAACUUUGUCUUUACGCUUAUUGCCCUGGGCCUCAUCGACCGUAUCGGCCGCCGACGGAUCUUGUUAUACUCGAUACCCUUUAUGGCUUUGGGCCUGUUGUUAGCCGCAGCCGGUUUCUCAUAUCUAUCUCUAGAACCGUCACCAGCCACUCGUGAUGAGGAUGCCACGGCACCAGCAGGCGAGGGCGAGACCAGAUCGGCCGUAGUCGUCCUCGUCAGCAUCAUGAUUUACGUGGCAUCAUAUGCUCUGGGCCUAGGCAACGUGCCAUGGAUGCAGAGCGAGCUGUUUCCUUUGUCCGUACGUUCAGUGGGCAGCGGAGUUGCGACGGCAACCAACUGGGCAGCAAACUUUGCUGUUGGCUUGACCUUUUUGCCGCUGAUGGAUGCACUGAGUCCGUCGUGGACGUUUGUCCUUUAUGCGGCGGUCUGUGCCGUUGGGUAUGGCCUUGUUUGGCGGAUAUAUCCCGAGACGGCCGGCUUGAGCCUCGAGGAGGCCACGGCGUUGCUAGACAACGGAUGGGGCGUGCGACGAUGA